UCCACUCCGAUGAGGUCUACACUUCAAUGUCGUCGUCCUUUUGAUUCCUCCACCAGCUUCGCCAUUCCACGUGGCAUCAUAUUCACUGCCGAUUGCCUCACCGUCAAAGCCCUUCUCUUUCGAGCUCUCCACUGGAGGCAAUUUCAUGUACUUCAUGGCUGAGUUCUAGAAGGGGAAGAAGAUUACGAUAGCAAAAGGGCUUAAUUUCUGCCUUUCCAAUGUAAUUUUGGCUUUGCCCUUCUACUUGUGGACUGGUCCUAGUAUUCACCAAACGUUCUUCCUCACGACAACGCCGUCUACAGAGCUCUCCUUUGCUCCAACUCUGGCCUCUGUAACUUUUCCUAUUGCUGAUUUCCUUCCCAGAUCAUUUACAGAUUAUUGAAGCUGAUAUAGAUUGUCAGUCCUGUGAAAAAGGCAAAGGGUCUCCUGGAAAUCUCCCUUGUGAUUUGUGACUCCUGACUUAUCAAUGGAAGAGAAGUGUGGAAUUGCGAAUGACAUCACUGAACUCAUAGGGAAUACCCCAAUGGUAUAUCUCAAGAAUGUUGUGGAUGGUUGUGCUGCACGUAUUGCUGCCAAAUUGGAGGCUAUGAAUCCCUGCUCAAGUGUAAAAGACAGGAUCGCAUACAGUAUGAUAAAAGAUGCAGAAGAGAAGGGUCUAAUUACCCCUGGCAAGACGGUCCUUCUCGAGUUUACCAGCGGUAAUACUGGCAUUGGUCUUGCAUUCAUUGCAGCAACUAGGGGCUACAAACUUAUCACAGUUAUGCCACACACGCAAAGUCUCGAAAGAAGGAUUAUCCUCCGUGCUUUUGGAGCUGAGGUAUUCAUCACCGAUGGAGCAAAAGGUAUUGAUGGACUUGUCAAGAAAGCCGAGGAAAUAAUGGAGGCAACACCAAAUUGUUUUUUUCUCAAGCAAUUUGAGAACCGUGCUAAUCCAAAGAUACACUACGAAACCACUGGACCAGAGAUAUGGAAAAACACUGGAGGGAAAGUUGACGCCCUGGUUGCAGGGAUUGGAACAGGGGGUACACUUACUGGUGCCGGAAAGUUUCUUAAGGAGAAAAAUGCGGACAUCAAAGUAUAUGGAAUUGAACCUGCUGAAAGUGCAAUACUGAGUGGAGAAAAACCAGGUCCUCAUAAAAUUCAAGGAAUUGGUACUGGCACCAUCCCUCCAGUUUUAGACAUUAAUAUACUUGAUGAAGUUAUUCAAAUAUCAAGUGAUGAAGCUAUUGAAACUUCAAAACUUCUUGCACUCAAGGAAGGUUUGCUGGUGGGCAUUUCUUCAGGUGCUGCUGCAGCUGCUGCGAUAAAGUUAGGAAGAAGGCCUGAAUAUGCUGGAAAACUCAUAGUAGUAAUCUUUCCCAGUGCUGGGGAGCGUUAUAUCUCUACAGAACUGUUUGACUCAUUGCGGAUAGAAGCAGCAAACCUGAAUUUCGACUAAGUGCUCCACACUCGCACCUGCAUUUUCAGAAACAGUUCACAGGACAUUUGAGUGGUUUAAGGUGGCAUUGUGAUAUAUCUUUUUAUUUACCUUUUUUGAAGCUCAGCCACAACUGUAGCUGUUGAGUACUUCUUUGAUUAGUGGAAAGUGGCCUCUGCAUACAUGAUAUAGACACAGUUCCUCUUGUUGCAGAAUUCUCUUCCACCUAGUUUGUCCUUUGUCAUCAUACUUUUGUGUUGUAUUCUGAAGUUUUCCCCGAAGCCCUGUUCAACACCACUUUUGUUGAAUAUGUUAAAUGACUUGCAAGCAUCUUGAUUAGUAAUAUUACUUGCUACUUGGUUAUAAAGUUUGAGUCCUCU